AUGAAAUUACCACCAGCGGUUACCCCUCGUACCAGCCUACGUUUCGUGGCUGUGUCUGUGAUGUUCUGUGCUAUUCUGGUUGACAUUUUUGCACUUGAAGAAAAACUGGCGCGAAAACCGCGAGAAGAAGAUCGCGUAUCUGAGGGCACUGAAGUUGGUGGAAAACAAUCGCAGUUGUACCGUGAUCGAAGAACGGUGAAAAAUAACGCGACCCCCAACCUGUCGGAAUUUGCAAACCGGCUGAAAGAUCUUGAAGAAAGGUAUAAUCUUAACUCGGCGAUUCGCUAUGAAUCUCGCUUUUCUAUCACGUGGGCAAUGUUAAAUGUUGGUUACGUGUCACUAUUCUAGAUUCAAACUGCUAAGAAAAUGGUGAAUUUACUAAAAUCAUUUCUCUUUUUAAGCCACAACAAGAGCGUACAUUUGAUGAUCAGACGAUUUCAAGAGUUGGAGAAAAGGUUUGAGAAAUAAAAUUAAAUGCAUCAUUACCGUGUAAUUGCUUUUUAAAAGCUAACAAGUACUUCCGAAAUUGUUACCCCUAAGGAUUGCAUAGGAAACCCGUUCGAUUUCUUGUCUAGCGAAGAAUGUUAUUUCACCCAUUUCCAACUUGAUGUAGAAAAGGGAAAAUACCGAGAAAGUCCCUGUUAUCCAGGCCGGACACGUAUUUUAUAUGGACGGCACUGGUGGAUGCAGUGGAAGACUUGUGUGAGAACUGAGUUUCAUCCAAAAUCCGCUUAACAUCGUUCAGUGUAGUGACCAGAGUUAUUGUUGAUUAUCUUUUAUCUUUUAGCUAUAAACUGACUUGAUUACAGACUUAAUUCACAUCAUCGACGCAAUUAUUUACCAGAGCAAAAGAAGCUUGAUAAACAGCUGUAAAGGAAAUCAAUAAAAGAAAACACCGUUUAACACAGGGGCACCCAACGGCUGUUUUCUGUAAAAUAUCUGUUCGGAGAAGCAAAUAUUGCCUCACAUUUUCUCUUUCUCGAGGAGGGCUAAAAAUUUCUAGAUAACCAUUCCACUCAUGUACAAUUUUCGCACACGACCUAUCUGAUAUGUUACGCUCCAUUUUAACGUUCGGCGCAGCGCAGCCUCGCCCCGUUACAGUGAGCGGAAAUGAAAUGUGUGGACAGAGGCCCUAUCCGGUACAGUGUGAACAUGGCUUAAGUCACGGCGAAAGUCCUUGUUAGGCUGCGUGCAAACGGACGCAACAACUCCCAACAUUGUUGCGCCAACAAUGUUGGGAGUUGUUGCGUGCGUGUUGGCAAUGGUGUGCAAACGGAUGCAACAACUCCCAACAAUGUUGGGACCUGCAGUGCAUCGUGGGAAGGAUAUACAACCCAUAAGUCUUUGUAAACCAAACGUAAUGAGCAUACGUGGCCCCAACGGUGUUGGAAGAGCUGUGCAAACGGAUUCAACAUUGUUGCGCUACGCUUCGGCGAUCACGGAACAAAAGAAAUGUUGGGAGUUGUUGGCUGAAAAGUUUGACCGGUUUCAAACUUUGCGCAACAACACGCAACAACAUCCAACAACAUGCAACAGGGUGUGCAAACGGACGCAACAUGUAACAUCCAACAAUGUUGGGAAUUGUUGGUCAACAGUGUUGCGUCCGUUUGCACGCAGCCCUAGACUGUCUCUGAGAUCUUUUAUAGUUGAUCUUUUUUUCAGACUUGAUGGCUUACUGCGAUUAUCUCCUCGACCAGCAGGGGAAUCCUACGGGUCACUUUUGAGCUACCUUCUUGGUAAAAUACGAUAUUAAAUCCAGUCGAGAGUUACCUGAGGCAAUAAUAGUAAUAAUCAAUAUAGGCAAAAUGAUGUCAGGUCCAUUUGGCAUGGUAAAUGUGCGGUGAUUUAUGGGUGAUAUCACUGGCGUGUCUCUAUUUCAGGUCAGCAUAUGCAAAACCCUGGAAAGGGACGAGUUGGACCACCCGGCCCUCCAGGGAAACAAGGGCCAGCUGGAUCAAAAGGAUCAAAAGGUGAAAAGGGAAAACGACAAAGAUCGAGGAUAUGAAGGGAAAAAGGAAAAUUGUAUAACACCAACUGUAAACGCAGCGGAGAGAGCAAAUGAAACUCGUUUUGUAAUUUCAGUUUUAUGUUCCAGCAAUUAGAAGUUAGCCGGCAGUAAAGAAGAAGUGCGGUUAUCGAUGUUAAAUUAACAUCUCAGUUAUUUUCUGACAAAGUAUUUCUUUUGCGGUUCUUGCAGUUUAUGAUCAUGGAGUGUAUCGAUUGCAAGCCAGCCAAUUUUCAACCGCUACACGCGUAAAAGCAAAUGUGGAUUGUAAGAAUUCCAUAGGAGAAAAAAGCACCUUUAUGGAUACCACCUUUUAAGCACUAAAAUAAGUAAAAAAGCUGGCAUCGAGUGCUUUGACUCAUUUUAUACUCUGCAGGGGAACAAGGAAAACCAGGUACCAACAAGCCAUUCCCAGGCCCCCCUGGUCCAAAAGGAGACCAGGGAGCAGUUGGGAAGACUGGAGCGCAGGGAUCACAGGGUGCCAAAGGAGAAAAAAGGACAGGAUGGAGUUGGGACAUCAGGAGUGAAGUACGUUCGGUGGGGAAGGACCACAUGUCCUAGUGGUGCGCAGAUAGUUUAUAAAGGUAAGCGAAAAGGAGCUUAGUUUGAUAGUUACUAUUACUCCUAUGGUCCUAAAGACAGAAAGAGUGAUAAACUGAAGAUUUUUAUGCCACAUACACUUACUAAUCAUUAUUUAAAAGUGACAACUAUGAAAUUUCUCCAAACUUGUCACAUUUACUGGUCAAUAAUCCGGGCAUCUCUUUAAGUUAUCUUUUUGUUGUAUCUUUCCAGCAUAUUUUAAACCUUUCAGUGUAACUGGUUCGUACCUGUUCAUGCAUAAAACAGACGGAAAUCUGGGUAUGAGAUAAAGACCCUUGUUUUUCCUAACAAUGCGCGCUCUCACAGCAUUGGUUACGUUAAGGUCACAUGAAAAUGUAUCCCGCAAAAAGUUUUUUUACAGGCAAUAUUGCAAACUCUAUGUCAUCGAUCAGACCCCUGAACAGUGAAUUAUCACCCACGAAGCAUAAAUGAUUGCCGCUUGCUGAAAUUUAGUUUCAUGAAUUUGUACAAGUAGGCUUUUCUAUGUUUUAGUGAUCAAUAUAAAUAGACAAGGAAAUGACAAAAAAAGGGAUAGUGUAAUUCUAGAGUACUGUAUUAAAUUUUUGCUUCAAAAUGUUACAGCCAUUUGCGGUUUGUGGUCUUGGUGUUUUUUGAAAAACAUCUGAUCAGUUCGCUAUCUUAAUAUUCAGCUCUUAGCGAUAUUGCGUGAGCUAGAUGUUUUGCCAAUUUUUUGAGUAAGAACUAGUCAACAGAAUCCGAUGGUUGAUGUUUUUGAAGGCACGAAAAGAUUUCAAACUAUUUUAACUGCGUUUUCCGAUUUACUUUUAUAGCAGAAUGUUUUUCGUUUGCAACAACAGUUUACUUGAGUAAAAGAUGCCAUUCUGUUAACUCAGCAUUUCCUUACAAGAGAAAUUCAGUUGCCUAGAAAUCAAAGUUAAUUUAUGACAAAAGAAAAUGAAAGCAAAUGUUCGCGAAAAUUCUUUAUUUCAAAUAACCAGGACAGAGAAAAGACGCCUUGCCUCCCUCAACCGCUAGCCGCCAUACCAUACACUUGUGAAGAGCGGAACAGGAAACCUUUUAAUUAACUUGGCGCGUUGACAGAAUUUCAAAGAAUAAUUGUUGAUAAAUUUUUUUGCCUUGUAUCAGGUAUAAUGGGUGGAGAAUAUUUCAAUCACUAUGGUGGUGGAGCGAACUACCUGUGCCUUCCACACAAUCCAAAGUAUGACAAGUACAAAGAUGGCCAUCAGCGCUCCGGAUACAUGUACGGCACUGAAUAUGAAGUGAUUCAGUACAGCGGUAACCCUUUUAAGAGAAAUCUUCACAAUCAUGAAGCACCAUGCGUUAUCUGCUUCGUCAAGUCACGUGGCUCGAUGCUGAUGAUGCCUGCCAGGAAUGACUGUCCAUCUGGAUGGACCGAGGAGUAUCAUGGGUACCUGAUGACAGAAGAUUAUAACCACAAGCAUUCACGUGAUUUCAUCUGUGUUGACAAGGAUCCAGAGUUUGUUCCUGGUAGCCAUGCGAGCAAGGAUGGUGCUUUGCUGUACCCUGUGGAAGGUGUUUGUGGCUCACUGCCAUGUCUUCCUUAUGUCAGCGGUAGAGAGUUAACAUGCGCUGUGUGCACCAAGUGA